AUGGAAAAUAUAGCAGUUCAGCCCGUUGAAGAAAUUGUUAUAAAGUGUGAGGUUAUAGAGAUAUCUGAUGAGGAUGUCGAUGCAGAGGAACCUAAGAAAAAACGCCGUAAAAGAGUCACACCCAAGGAACCUCAGCCCUGUGAUAUAUGUGGUAAAACCUUCCAGACCGGCUACGAGCUUAAGAAACACAAACGGACACACACAGGGGAGAGGCCGUACAUGUGUACGAUGUGUGGGAAGACUUACACACAGCUCGGACAUCUUAGUAUACAUAGUUUAUCACACAAAGGCAUAAAAAAUUUCAACUGCAACGAAUGCGGCUCAUCGUUUUACAGGAAAGCGGAUCUCGACAGGCACGAGAAAAUUCACACCGGCGAAAAGCCUUACCAGUGCGAAAUAUGCUCGAAAAGUUUUACCCAGAAGAAUAAUUUAGUUAUGCACUUUAAAAUGCACAUCGGUGAUAAGCCACACGAAUGUGAUGUGUGCGGGAAGAGGUUCUUAACUAGAAGUAAAAUGAUGCUGCAUUCGAAGAAGCAUGACAAAGAGAAAAAGAAAAAAUGCGGCCUACUGGGGCAAAUUUAGAAUUAUUUUGUCGUUAUAGUGCUGCCAUCUUGAGGAUGUAUAUAAUUCUAACUGGAUUUUUAAUCAAUAUCUGUCCUCAAUUUUUUUUUUUCGACUUGGGAGUAAGCUGGUGAAUGCGCGACGAGAGCGUUACGAAAAGUGUGAAACGUAACUCUCUUU